UUGUACUUUGGUAUAUUAGAUGGAUGGAUAGGCGUCCAUCUUGAAUUUUGCUGAAUUUGUGCCGGUUAUGUGAUAAAAGUGUAUUUUAUAGAUCGGACUUCACUUUACUUGUUAAUUUUCAAGAAGUUUACGUAUGCUGCUACUGUUUAAUAUUUAAUAUAGGAUUAACCUCAGUAAUGUGUUAGUAUCAUUACUCAAGACAUAUGCGAUUUCCGGUAAGAAUAUCGUCGAUAAAACCUUAGGUUGGCAAAGGUAUAAAACGAUGGCAUUACCUAGUAGAGCCCGGGUAUAUGCCGAUGUUAAUUCACAAAAGCCACGAGAAUAUUGGGACUAUGAAAGCUAUGUGGUCGACUGGGGUAAUCAGGAGGAUUAUCAGCUAGUACGGAAGCUUGGGCGCGGGAAAUAUAGUGAAGUAUUUGAGGCAAUAAAUAUCACAAAUAAUGAGAAGUGUGUAGUAAAAAUAUUGAAGCCCGUUAAAAAGAAGAAGAUAAAAAGAGAAAUAAAGAUAUUAGAAAACUUAAGAGGUGGCACUAAUAUAAUAACUUUACAAGCUGUAGUUAAAGAUCCUGUAUCUCGUACACCAGCUUUAAUUUUUGAACAUGUGAACAACACUGAUUUUAAACAACUGUAUCAAACACUGUCAGAUUAUGAUAUAAGGUAUUAUUUGUAUGAACUACUGAAGGCAUUAGAUUACUGCCACAGUAUGGGUAUUAUGCACAGAGAUGUGAAGCCUCACAAUGUUAUGAUUGAUCAUGAUAAUAGAAAGUUACGUCUCAUUGACUGGGGCUUAGCAGAGUUCUACCAUCCUGGACAGGAGUAUAAUGUCCGUGUUGCUUCUAGAUACUUUAAGGGCCCAGAACUAUUGGUUGAUUAUCAAAUGUAUGACUACUCACUCGACAUGUGGUCAUUAGGGUGCAUGCUGGCAUCUAUGAUAUUCCGUAAGGAACCAUUCUUCCAUGGUCAUGAUAAUUAUGACCAACUUGUGCGUAUUGCGAAAGUGCUGGGCACUGAAGAAUUAUUUGAAUAUUUGGACAAAUAUCAUAUAGAAUUGGAUCCUCGAUUUAAUGAUAUUCUUGGAAGGCAUUCACGUAAACGGUGGGAGCGAUUUGUUCAUUCUGAAAACCAACAUCUGGUAUCCGCUGAAGCUUUAGACUUCCUUGAUCGUUUGUUACGUUAUGAUCAUUACGAGCGUUAUACUGCUCGAGAAGCCAUGGAUCAUCCAUAUUUCUAUCCAAUUGUGAAAGAGCAGGGUCGAAUGGUGACAUCCAACUCUCCAACUCCCAAUGCACUACAAGGACCAAUAAAUGCUACGGAAUAAUCAUUAAUAAACUCAGUAAUGCUCUUUAUAAACACUAUAUAUUGAAUAUUUACUUGUACAAGGUUCCAGACGAGAUCCGUGACAGAGACAACAACACAAACACUCCGGUCCACUGUAGGAAGAGACGGCAAGGGGCACGGUGAAGUCAUCUCUGUUCCAACCCAAACUGAUAACAAAAGGAAUUCCAAUGUUUACAAAAUGAAUUAAUUUGGAAAGACAAUAUAAUUUAGUGUUUAAUGUUAGUAAAUAUCAGGUUAAUUCAUUGUUUUAAAGUGUUUUUCUCCGGUAAAAACUACUAAGUCCAUGAAAGUGUAUCAAGCUAUUACUUUCUAUAUUUUACGGUGGUUUCUAAAUUUAAC